AUGACAGAUACCUCCUCCCUCGCCAUCACGCACGCCACAACGGAUUCCUAUCCGGUUCCCGCUUCUCGCGGGUCCCCCGCUGCCACCGAUGGCGCCGUCUCAGACUCCGGUGCACCCGACGAAGAACCGUACACCAUCAAGUGCAUUUGCUCGUUUCAAGAAGACGAUGGUAGCACGGUAUUCUGCGAACGGUGCGAUACAUGGCAGCACAUCUCCUGCUAUUAUCCCGGAUCGAAGGUACCAGAGGUGCACAAUUGCGUUGACUGUGAGCCCCGGAUCCUGGACGAUCGGCGUGCCCACGAACGACAACGGCAGCGGCGGGUCCGAGAAAAGAGUGAAGAUGGGGACCGGAAAUCCAGGCGUCCCGGCAAGACCCAGAAGAGGAAGACGAAAGAGACAGAUGUGAACGAAUCAAAUCUUCAACGACACGACUCCAAUGCUCGCGAUCAGCCACCUACGAAGAAAACUAAGGGGUCUCAUCGUGCUUCCGCCUCUGUCAGUGGCAUGCCCAGUGCCCCUGCUGAGCAGCGAACCCGUCGAUCCUCCACCUCAGUUGCGAUGAGCCCCACGAAUUCCGACCCUUCCAUCCCCCUCUACUCGAACGAAUUCCUCCGCCUCUAUGACAACGACCAAAACUUUGUUGAAUCAGACAGCAACCUUCUACCCACAGUACACUUUAUCGAUACCAUUAUGGGUUGGAUACGCGACGGGGACAAUUUGAAUCGGUUGACCGAAGGACUGCCCCCCACAGAAUUCGCGCAAAACUGUGUCGCGGCAUACGAUUCUCCUUGGCCGAAACUAACGACUCACACUUUUACGGAUUCAACGACAAAGAUCGGCGGGAUACAUCCGACGUUCAAGGUAUUGAAGACUCAAGACCCAGUACGCAAGAAUGAAGUCGUUGGCGAAAUCUUUGGUGCGCUCGGCACUGUCGAGAAUUAUAAGUCAAACCCUGACAAUCGGUGGGAGACAUUGCAACACCCCGAACCUUUUGUCUUUUUCAGCUCGCAGCUUCCCCUAUACAUCGAUAGUCGCAGGGAAGGGAAUCAACUCAGAUACAUCCGGCGCUCGUGUGAUGCCAAUGUGAUGCUGAAGAUCUACAUUACACACGGUCAACAGUAUCACUUCUGCUUCAUCGCCAAGCAGGACAUUCCUGCUGACUCAGAAAUCACCACCAUGUGGUAUCUUGAUCCGACUUUGGCCCUGGCAUACACGCCACCGCCCAAACAAGGAUCGGAGGCUUCAGAUAAUAUGUCCGAGAUAGAGGUUGCUGCAACCUGCAUUAGCAACACUCUCUCCAACUACGGUGGCUGUGCCUGUGAACGAGGUCAGAAUUGUCUACUUGCCAAUCUUGAUCGUCGAUCCAAACCAGCCAUUGGCAAACAGUCCAAAGCGAGGAACAAGUCCAAGGCCAAGGCCAAGGCAGUGGCUUCUCCAAUGGAAGCUAGUCGCGCGUCCGCAAGUCGCGCCGGAAGUGAGACAACAAAGCACCCUGACGAAGAUGAUGCCGCGACCGAUACUCGUUCGACUUCUGGUUCUGCGCGAGAUAGAGGCACGCACAGUCGCGAUGUCAGUCCAACGGCUGCCAACCCGCAAUCCUUGCCAGAACUUUCCAGCCGAGAAAGACGCAAGAUUGCAGAUGCCGAAAAACAGUUCCAGCAGCUGGAGAAGGGGGCGGUCGGUACCAAACGGAAAAAGCGUGUCAGUGGUCUUCAGUCAACUUCCGCAACGCAUUCAACGUCUGGCGGAAGGGGCAAAGCUGAUACAGAAAAGCUCGGGUUGGAUGGUGAUACGCGCUCGCCUUCCGUCACUUCACCAGCGACAACGGCCCCUAGCCGACAGGCGAAAUCGCGGAAAUCGACCACCAGACCUCCGCCCGAAACGAUCAACCGCUACCAACCAUCUCCUUUCCGGCGCGUCGGCCCUUAUGUCGAUGCCUCAACACAAUUGUAUCCCAACCAGGUCGAACAUGAUACCAUUUGGGACGAACAUACGAAGCGCGGGUACAGGGUCGGUGUCUUACCUCUCCAGUUCAUGAACAGAGCGCGGUUCAUUUCGGGAUGCAAUUAUGAGCAGGACUCUGCCCAACAGCGUGCAUGGACUUCUGGCGAUAAAAGUGUCAUCCCGGCCGGAGUGAUUCCGUGGUGGUGCCCUUACUUUCCUUAUCCUCUAGACGAUAGGUCACACUAUGAUUUACUCCCAGAGGAUGCCGAGAUUAUGGGUAUCCCAGUUGAUCAUGGGCCUUUGGAAUUGCCAUUGCGCUGGUCUUACCACCAGUCGAAGCAGCCCGUGAGACCGGUUAACUAUGGCAAAAUCACCUUGGCUGGAGUGUCUCAUGUCCAUCCUCAGGCUUCAUCGGCGCAGGACGACAUUGUCAUGCGCGAAGCUCCUUCAACCACCGAGAAAGAGUCAUCUGUAAAGACCGAUGAUGCCAGCAAGCCGGGAGAUUCUGCCCCAUGGCCGUCCACUGUCGCUCACAGCACCCCGAUCCCCAAGGCAGACCACCGUGGUGAUCUCCAGAUCUCGAUGCCACCACCGAGUGCUUCGAAUAUCCAAUCGGCGCUCAGUCCUGGAUCCAACUCUGUGGGGAGCUCUUCAUCCCCCGUUUUCAACGACACUCCUUCCUCACUCCCUUUCGUGGCAACCUCCACAGCCCCUGUUGCCACUCCCGCCAAGAAAAAGCUCAGUCUUGGUGAUUACCUGAUGCGACGUGGAACAAUGGCCAACACCCCCACUUCGGAUAGGUCUCAGGCUCCGACCCAGGAAAGACCUGCGGAUCCCGUCUGGGUCACUGGGCCUCAGCACUUCCUUGCUAUCACCACACUGCCCGAUGACUAUGGACAGUCGCGCGCGCACGCCGAUGCAGACGCCGACAAGAACGAGCCCUUCAGCUCUCGGGAUGUGCCAAUGGAGGACGCGCCAGAACCCGCACCCACCAACACCCAGUCCGUCUCAUCAUGA